CCCUCCCUGCCGGGAGGUCCUCUCUUCUUGGCCGGGGGCCUUGCUUCUACCUCGGCUUCGCCUCCCCGCCGAGGCGUAGCUGCGCGGGCUGCGAAGCUCAGCUCCCGCGACCCAGAAACAGUCGGGCGCGGGCGGAGCGGCGGGGCUGUGUAGCUGCGCCAUGGCCUCGUCGGCGUGGUGCUGCCUGCGUUGCUGCAGGGACGGCGGGACCGGCCACAUUCCUCUCAAGGAGAUGCCGGCCGUACAGCUGGACACGCAGCACAUGGGAACAGAUGUUGUCAUUGUGAAAAAUGGAAGAAGAAUCUGUGGCACCGGAGGUUGUUUAGCCAGUGCACCUUUACAUCAGAACAAAAGCUACUUUGAGUUCAAAAUCCAGUCUACUGGAAUCUGGGGUAUAGGUGUUGCAACUCAGAAAGUGAACUUGAACCAGAUUCCUCUCGGCCGAGACAUGCAUAGUCUGGUGAUGAGAAACGAUGGAGCCCUGUACCACAACAACGAAGAGAAGAGCAGGCUGCCAGCCAACAGCCUUCCUCAGGAGGGCGAUGUAGUGGGUAUUACAUAUGACCAUGUAGAAUUAAAUGUGUAUUUGAAUGGGAAAAACAUGCAUUGUCCAGCAUCAGGUAUACGAGGGACAGUGUAUCCAGUUGUGUAUGUUGAUGACAGUGCAAUUCUGGAUUGUCAGUUCAGUGAAUUUUAUCAUACUCCUCCACCUGGUUUUGAAAAAAUAUUAUUUGAGCAGCAGAUCUUCUGAAUGUGUUUGUUUUCAAAACUGGCACUUCUGCACAACCACACAGCGCUUGCCACUUAAUAAAGCUCUCCCUGACCUAGAGAGGGAACUCAUCCCGAAAAUCGCUCCUUCUUACUGUUGUCUGAGGAACCCGUGUCUUCAUUAUACCAUGCUGAAGUUUGAUUUGCAAUAUCUAGGCAUUGUGAAAUCAACAUUUGGGGCCACUUAUUUAAUCUUAUUUAAACUAAUAAACCAUGGGUUUGGUUAACAGUAUUACAUGGUAACAUGUAUAUAAAUAUUUAAAGGGAAUUUUUCUUAUAUAAAGUAUUUGUUUGACAGUGA